UGGACAAAAGCCGAGUCGUAUGGGUGUUUUACUGUCUGCGAAAAUAUCUGUAUGAGAGAGUUUGCCUUUAAUAGUUUCGUUAAGAUUUAUUUUGCCUUUAUAUGUGGUAUUAGAAUGGCAAUCGACGUUGUGAGUUAUAUACGGUAAUGAAGAUUAACUUAAGCAGUGUAGUUUGUGCACGAAUGAGAACUUGAAAAUUGAUUUUCUUCGUUAACAUAUAUCCACAAAUUAUUUCCUUUACCUAAGACUCCCAGCAGACAAUUGUUUGGAUAAGUACGAGGCUGAGACAUACCUACGGACACUGUGUACAAGACCGUGAAUGGCAGGUGUGAGGGGAGGACGUCAGACGGGAUGACGAUGACGGGGGUAGAGCCAGACCAUCAGCAGCACGUUUCAGCAUCAGUCAUGGGGGACGACAACGCGUUCUUGACCCGACACAGCAGAUGCAGCUCCAGCAGCAUGGAGGAGGAGGAGGAGGGGGGUCAGCAGCAGUCACAGCAGCAGGAGGCAGGGGCGGAGCAGCUCACUUACAGCAGAAUGGCCCACCUGCUGGCUGUGUACCAAAACAAGGUCCGGGACAGUAAGAGGAUCAUUUCAAGAUUAAAACGACAAAAAGAUGCCCAAUUGCAAGCUGUGAUAAGUCAGUUGUUAUUAUUGGAAGCACAUCUUCGACGAGAGCAGAAAGGAAUUGUUGGGCAGCUGGCUCAACGUGAUCAUGUCAUAUCUGCUCAAAGACAGGAGAUUGAUCGCCUGAGAAGAGAUAAUAGGCGAUUAAUAAACAAACUUAAAAAGUUUAACGAGGUCUGCACGGAUGCUGGAGGAGAUGUGGAACGUUUAGAACCAAGAGUAAAAAUCAGCAGAGUUGAACCUUCAGAGGAGCGUACCUUAUCAAGCAGAAAAGGUCACAGCCAGUCUCUCGCGGGUUCCCCAUCCAGCCGUAAAUCAUCAUCUGGCAUGAUUCGGGUGGCUACUAGUGUCUCGGAACUAAUAAACUGCAGCAAUGGAACAAGUUUUUUUAAACCUCAACAAGCGCUUCAUCAUACAAACAUUCGAAGCACUAAUAGACAACCCACUGAAACUGUCAAUCCAAAUGUGGCUUCAGUCAGGGCUACAACAGACAGAGUGUUUCAUAAACCACCUAUUGCUGAAAAGCCCAGGGUUGCCAGUCGUGUUCCGCGAGGACAACAGAAUAAUCAGAAAAGUCAACACUUGGUUAGAAGUUACGGUGGAAAACAAUGUACAAUUGUUUCCACCAUCAGUCGUCUCCUGGAAGAAGAAUCCGACACAACAACAACAGGUGGCUCAUGCAGUAGUGAACCCUCAUCUCCCGAAGCCACCCUGAAACCAACAACUCCACGGGUUAUACGCUUGGCAAGAAAGUUUGAAGAAGGCCUUAAUUCACAAAACUUAGCUCCUUAUGCUAAUAACUCAUCCAGUGAAUCAUCUCCUGAGUUGGUGAGACAAGAUGAUCGCAGUUCGAAAUCUUAUAUCAUGGAUGAAUAUGAAGUGACUAGUGGUUAUAACAGUGAGUCUGUGAGUGAACAUGAAUAUGAAAAUGUUCGUGUGCUGACUCAGGGAAGUGACGUUAGCCCUUCCACCAAGCCUGUAAAGCAAGAGGAAGGUGAGGAAGAGGGGGAGGAAGAGGACAAUUAUGUUAUCCUCAGAGCUGUGAAAGAGAAUGCUGAUGCUGGAAAUUGGGUCGAUAUCCCAGAAGAUCAACAUAUCUACUCAAAUGUGGAAUUUGCAUCUGGGUUACUAGUGAAGGAUUUGGAAGAUGAGGAAGACCCUAUUAUUAACCAUGAAGACGACGAUAAAUUAGAACAAAACUCGACAAGCAGUGGGCAUGGUGAAGAAGGCAAGGUGUUGGAAACUAACCUUGAUUCUCUAGAUUCAUCUGUAGAUGAUGAUAACUUGUUGUCGGAGAGUUUACGGGCAGCCAUGAAUGUGCCGCGAUCACGCCAUAAUAUCAACUUCAUCAUAGAGUCAGAUGGAGAUCACAUGACGGAGAACUUUGAAGAAUUUACACUAGAUUCUCUAGAACUAGAAGGAGAUCACGAGGAUGAAGACAGAGGAAGAGGAAAGGAGAACUUGCCAAUUUCGGAACAAAGGCGGUGUGGAGAUGGGGCAGAAACAAAGUUGGAGAGUAAGAACAAAGAAGAAAGUAAACUUGAUCUCAGUGUUAAUAGUGGAUCUGCCAGCAUUGUUAUGAUGGGUAGUGGACAAUAUGAAAAGUUUUUAGAAGCAACAGGACUUAGUCAAAAGUCUAUAUUAACCCCUACUCGCAUGUUCUCUAACCACAGGUCCGUCUUGAAACCAAGAGAUGUUAAGCAUCGUAACAAGUUGCGUGCAGCGUUCACCACACUUUCCACGUUAGAGGAAACUCCAAGCUCUGGAGGAGGCUACAGAUACUGGACAGAACCGUACCUCUAGUGUCUACCUCAUAUCUGAUGCACUGCAAGAUUAGCUAUGAUGGGUCUUAACUAUGUGGUGAGAGUAAUUUUUCCAAGCAUUAAUAGGAAAAUUUGGUUUAUGGAACUGUAGUGUAAGGCUCACAGUAGCUUGUUUUGUAGUGUAGUUCUCGGAUUCAAGGCUUAUCAUUACCACUGUACAGUAUUUCAUAGUAAUAAGAGGUGGAUUUUGUAUACUUUUCCUCACUUGAUUUUCUGCUUUACUUUUGUUACAUUACAAAAUAUUUAUAACAGUAGCAGUAUAAUAAUAUUGCCACAUGCUGAAAAUACAUAUAAUGCAAUUUUUCUAUUAAAAGUUCUUAAUUUUACAUAACAUUUUCAUAUAUUUAGUGACAAAUUGAUUUCAAAAUUCUACAAUUGGUCAUUAAAAUCAAAUGGAUGUUGGCAAUGGUUUGUUUAAAUUUUGUAUUUGUACAAUAAACUCUCAUAUAUUAAAGUACUUAUGUAACAAGAUAUUAAUUUCACAAUGUCAAAAUUCAUUUAAGCAAAAUCAAGAUAAGUCUACAAAGUCCAUAUACACUUUACAAAUACUUGUAAAAUUGUAGUCUUUAAUAAGUUCCUAAAUUUAUUACAUUUGUUAUUAUUCUCUCCAGUUUGAAAGAUUUAUGUACAAGGCCAAUCUCCUUAUUAAAUUCUGACUGGAGUUGACUGGACUCUUUACAUUGUCCUUAAAACCUGAUGGUAAAGAGUAGCUUGAAAGGAUUGAUCAUGCUAGAAAUGUUCCACACACUAAUUGUUAUUGGAUACUGCUUUUAAGAAUUGCUGUUGGGCUCCCAUUGUAUUAUUAAUAUUACACUCGGCACUCCAAAAUAUUAGAUCACUCACUGUCUCCAAAUAUAUACAUUAAAUAUGUCGCCAUCCAAAUUUAUGUUGCUCAUCACCCUUUCCCCUGAAAUUGAUGUUUCACACCUACAGUUUCCAUAUUGUUGAAUUAUGUCAUCCAAAGUGCAUAUUGCACACUAUCUUUGCAAAAAUUAUUGAAAUCUUUCCUCAUCCCCUUUCCAUAAGAAAGGCAAGGGAGCCGGUCGGCCGAGCGGACAGCACGCUGGAAUUGUGAUCCUGUGGUCCUGGGUUCGAUCCCAGGCGCUGGCGAGAAACAAUGGGCAGAGUUUCUUUCACCCUAUGCCCCUGUUA